CGAGAAGGGCGAGCAGUGGCAGCCGGCGCUUGCGCUGCUGAGCGAGAUGCGGGAGGCACAGCUGGACGCUGGGAUCAGCGCGUGCGAGAAGGGCGAGCAGUGGCAGCGGGCGCUUGCGCUACUGACGCUGGGAUCAGCGCGUGCGAGAAGGGCGAGCAGUGGCAGCGGGCGCUGGCGCAGUUGAGCGAGAUGCGGGAGGUGAAGUUGGAACCCAACGUCAUCAGCUACGGCGCUGGGGUCAACGCGUGCGAGAAGGGUGGGCAGUGGCAACAGGCGCUGAGCAUGCUCAGAACCAUGCCUUUGAGAAAGGGGAGCGUUGACUUCACGGUCUACGGGAUUGCAGCCAGCAUGUGCGAGCAACGCGGGCAAUGGAGCCAAGUGCUGUCUUUACUCAGGGAAGUGCAUGUCUUAGUAAAGGGAGAUGGAUAAAAUACAUAUCAUGUUCGAUACAUGUGUUUGUUCAGUUGCAUCGCUGGGACCGGCGCGUACGAGAAGAGCGAGCAAUGGCCGAUGGCUUUGGCGCUACGGAGCGAGGUGCAGACGGCAAAGCUGGAGCCUGACGCCCAUCAGCUACAACGCUGGGAUUAGCGCGUGCGAGAAGGGCGAGCAGUGGCAGCGGGCGCUUGCGCUGCUGAGCGAGAUGCGGGAGGCGAAGCUGGAUCCCGACGUCAUCAGCUACAACGUUGGGAUCAGCGCGUGCGAGAAGGGCCAGCAGUGGCAGCGAGCGCUUGCGCUGCUGAGCGAGAUGCUGGAGGCCAAGCUGGAGCCCGACAUCAUCAGUUACAACGCUGGGAUCAGCGCGUGCGAGAAGGGCGAGCAGUGGCAGCGGGCGCUUGCGCUGCUGAGCGAGAUGUGGGAGGCGAAGCUGGAUCCCGACGUCAUCUCUACUACAUUGCAGGGCCCAGUGCGUGCCAGAAGGGCGCAGGCCUCAGCUACAGCGCUGGGAUCAGCGCGUGCGAGAAGGGCGAGCAGUGGCAGCUGGCGCUUGCGCUGCUGAGCGAGAUGUGGGAGGCGAAGCUGGAGCCCGACGUCAUCAGCUGCAGCGCUGGGAUCAGCGCGUGCGGGAAGGGCGAGCAGUGGCAGCGGGCGCUCGCGCUGCUGAGCGAGAUGCGGAAGGCGCAGCUGGAGCCCAACGUCAUCAGCUACAGCGCUGGGAUCAGCGCGUGCGAGAAGGGCGAGCAGCGGCAGCGGGCGCUUGCGCUGCUGAGCGAGAUGUGAGAGGCGACGCAGGAGCCCAACUCAGCUACAGCGCUGGGAUCAGCGCGUGCGAGAAGGGCGAGCAGUGGCAGCGGGCGCUUGUGCUGCUGAGCGAGAUGUCGGAGGCGCAGCUGGAGCCCAACGUCAUCAGCUACAGCGCUGGGAUCAGCGCGUGCGAGAAGGGCGAGCAGUGGCAGCGGGCGCUUGCGCUGCUGAGCGAGAUGUGAGAGGCCAAACUGGAGCACAACUCAGCUACAGCGCUGGGAUCAGCGCGUGCGAGAAGGGCGAGCAGUGGCAGCGGGCGCUUGCGCUGCUGAGCGAGAUGUCGGAGGCGCAGCUGGAGCCCAACGUCAACUUCAGCCUGCUCUGGCCGGCCGCGUUUCAGUUUUAGCAAAUUCGCCUCGCCCGUGGCCCGGAUGUUGCCUUCGCCACCUGACCGCUGUCUUCGUGGCCGCUGACCAAAAAAGUAUCCCCACCAGCCCAAGC